CUUUAAAACAAAUUAGAAUCCGAAUUGAAAAAAAUGAAUUGAGAGAUGCAGUUUAAAAGUCGCUGUUUUGAAAACCUCAAAUGUUUCCUACCAAGUACAGGUGUCUCAAAUUGGAUUGGCAACUCUUCGAUACAUCACCCCAGAAAGCUCAACAUCCCAUCUGCGCAGCAUAUUUGCUACUUGUUGUUUUGAUUGGGCCAGUAGAGGAGCCAUUUACACUUAUCCAUGCACGAUUGCACGAGAGGAAUAUUAAGGGAGUAUUAAAUGAUGCAAUGUUUAGAGAAAAAAAAUGAUGUAACACAAUUGAUUGCCUUGCAAUAAUUCUCUCUUUUAUUACUCCGUAUUAAAUACAAAUACUUUUACAAAUCAAUUAUAUAGAAACCACUUUAAAUAAGACUAAAACAUAGAUAAAAAUAUUAAAAUAGAUUUUCUAUGUUUUU